AAUCAAAUCUACAGCUACACCUAAAGGUAUCAACACCAUAAACAAACGAUUCAGUUGAGCACAUACGAAACAUCGAUUCAAUUAAUUAGUCUGACUAUUCCUGUUCGUUUACGAUUAUUGGGCGAUUGAAAAUGGCGUCCUUGGAAAUUGGCAACACCGUUCCAAUUAGUAAAAUACCGGAAAACGAUCGGACGAACGAAAUGCGAAAUGUUUUUGCCGCUAUACAUAAAAAGGAACCCGAUUUUUAUGUACGAGUACCUGGAAGGGUCAAUCUGAUUGGUGAGCACAUAGAUUAUUGCGGAUACUCAGUGUGUCCUAUGGCCUUGGAACAAGACAUUUUACUUGCUGUCGCCAUAGAUGAUGGUCAGAAGCUGAUUCUUCAUAAUUUGGAUGAGAAAUUCGAUGACUUUGACUGUGACAUCAAGGAUUUCGAGAUAACAAUUGGUGAAGGUUCACCAAAAUGGUACCAGUACUUCCUUUGCGGCGUACGAGGCGUUCUAGAGGUACUACCGCAGAACCGACCCAUAAAGGGUAUGAGGAUAGUAGUGAGUGGUACGGUACCUCAAAGUGCUGGCUUAUCAAGCAGUAGCGCUCUGGUCAGUGCUGCAGCACUGGCAACGUCGCAUACCCAUGAGUUCUCCAUGUCCAAAGAAAAAAUUGCUAAUUUGUGUGCUGAAUGUGAGCGGUAUAUUGGAACUCAGGGUGGUGGAAUGGAUCAGGCCAUUGCAUUUUUGGCGACAGAAGGUUGUGCAAAGCUGAUCGAGUUUGCUCCUCUUCGGUCCACCGAUGUCGUUUUGCCUUCAGGAGCUGUUUUUGUCAUAGCCCACAGCCUGACCAAAUUGAACAAAGCUGCUACAGCAGACUUCAAUUGCAGAGUGGUUGAGUGUCGUUUGGCAGCACAGAUUAUGGCUCAAAAACUUGUAUUGCCAUGGUCCGAAAUCAAGACCUUAGGGCAACUGCAGCAAGCUCUUUCGCUAGACCUUGACGCCAUGAUCAUCCUAGUGAAGGAAGCCCUUCGCGAGCGACCCUAUUCGAAGGAAGAAGUGGUAGCGGAACUCCGAACAACUUCCGAUAUGCUCGAUGAAACUUCUCUGACGCUUAAUACCAGGCACAUCGAAAGUUUCAAGUUGAGGCAGAGGGCGUUACACGUGUUCCAGGAAGCUCUCAGAGUGAAGAAAUUCGUGGAAGCCUGCUCCAACUGCUCAUCUUCCAACUCUUUGAAAACCUUGGAGACCUUGGGCCGACUGAUGACGUACAGUCACGUGAGUCUCAGGGACCUCUACGAGUGCAGCCAUCCGCAACUGGACUCUCUGGUGGACAUGUCCAAAGAGUACACUUUGGGCACCAGGUUAACCGGAGCUGGCUGGGGGGGUUGUGUCGUUUCCCUCCUGUUGCCGGAGAGGGUGGAGGAGUACGUGGAGUUCUUGAAGAGGGAGUUUUAUAAGGGGUUGGGGGUGGUCGAUGGGUUCGCGGAGAUUUUGUUCUCGACAUCGCCGCAAGGUGGGGCUUGUAUCUAUUUGUAAGAUUAUCUGAUAUAUUGUACGUAUCAAUAAAAUUGUGUCUUCC